AUGGCGACAAGAGUGUAUAUUGGUCGUCUGGCAAGAGAUGCUCGUGAACGUGAUGUUGAAAAACUCUUUCGUAAUUAUGGUACCAUCAGAGAGAUAAAAUUGAUGAACGGUUUCGGCUUUGUUGAAUUUAGAGACCACCGUGAUGCUGAUGAUGUUGUCUAUGCUUUUAACGGAAAAAGCUUUAUGGGUGAAAAAAUUUGUCGUCAAGCUGUAGCUGGCAGGUAUGCACAAUUGUUACAAUUAUUCAUGCAUUCGCCGCCUGCAGCUCUCGCUACUUGGCUGGCCUACUGGUCCCACUCUUUAUUGCCCCCUGGUUUCUACAAGAUUGAUGUUGUAUUGGCUUUGGUUGUAGCUCUCCUUUACCUAUGGCUACUUAUGUCUGUUUUGGAUUAUGUAAUCUUUGCGUUCCCAAAAAAAGACCAAAUGGGACCAAAACUUUCGAAACUAAUUGGGAACAAAGGGAAAUCUUCAACAUUGAAUUUCAUGAUUUGUUAUGCUCUCCGAGAAGAGAGUAGCCAACAUUUGAAUUUAGAGGGGCCACCCAUUUUAUCUUUUGAUUGCCUCCCGAAUCUGGCUUCUUUGGGCCUAUUAUUUGGGAUACCAUGUACUUCCUUUCUUGGGUUCUACCGGCUCUUGUUCCUUCCAUUGGCAUUGAGGAUCUUUGAAGCACAUCGUCCGUUUACCAUAACUCAAUCAAAACCUCCUUCCCCUACUCCUCUACCAUUCUUUAAAAAGGAUUUGAAGGACCUGAUGCGAAAAGCAGACAUGAAGAACGCUAUCAGAAAACUUGACGAUGCCGAGUUGAAAGGGAAACGUAUUAUUCUUCGUGAAGCACCGACUCCCCCUGCUAACGGUAAAGAUCAUAGCUCUCGCACACCCUCUCCUCGUCAUGAAGAUUCUCAUAGUCCAAAAAGAAGCCGAACUAGAAGUGCAGAGCGCGGUCGUGAUGAUGACAAGGAUAUGAAGGAUGAUUAA